AUGCCCGCUCUCGACGGAAUCCGUGUUCUAGAACUCGCAGGCUUGGCCCCAGGUCCCUUUGCUGGCAUGAUGCUGGCGGACAACGGGGCAAGCGUGAUUCGUGUCGACCGAGUCAACCCACCUCACCAGCCUAGUCCCGACGUGCUUAUUCGGAAUAAGUCUUCUAUUCAAAUUGACCUCAAGAGUACUGCUGGGAAAGAUAUUUUUCUGCGCCUAGUCAAAGAAGCAGAUGUCUUAAUCGAUCCCUUUCGACCCGGAGUUCUCGAAAAGCUCGGCCUUGACCCGACCAACACGUUGCUGAAACUGAACCCUCGCUUGAUUGUCGCUCAACUCACGGGAUUCCGACGUGAUGGGAAAUAUGCGAAAAUGGCUGGCCACGAUAUCAAUUAUCUAGCCGUAUCUGGUGUCCUUUCCAUGCUGGGUCCCUCGCCGCGUAUUCCGCCAGACGGUCGCUUGCUUCCUCCGACCCCGCCGGGAAACAUUCUUGGUGAUUUUGCAGCUGGAGGACACAUGUGCGUGACUGGAAUCGUGAUGGCGCUCUUUGCUCGGUCGCAGUCCGGAAAGGGCCAAGUUGUGCACGCUAAUAUGGUGGACGGAGCGAAUUACCUCGCAACCAUGCCAAGAAUCUCGACUAAAAUCCCUGGUCAAUGGGAUCAACCUCGUGGCGAGAAUCUCUCCGAUGGAGGUUGUCCGUACUAUAACGUAUACGAGUGCAAGGACGAUGGCAAUUAUAUGGCCGUUGCUGGGCUCGAACCACAAUUCUUUUCGGAGUUGGUGAAGGGCUUGGGAUUGAGUAACCGAUCCUGGGUGGCUAAUAGGGACGAUCGGAAGUUCUGGCCUGAUAUCAAGAAUGCAUUUCAGAAAAGGUUCCGAGAAAAGUAUCGCAAGGAAUGGGAGAAAAUAUUCGAUGGUAGCGACGCCUGUGCCACGCCUGUGUUCACCCAUGCGGAACUGGAAGCCGCCGGAUAUGAACAACGCCCUGGAGUGACACUAACAGGAACGCCGGCCGUGGAUGGAGGUCUAAGGUCAGGUUGGGACGUUCGGGUUUUGGGACUUGGCGAGGGUGGCGAGAAGGCAUUAUCGAAGUGGAUGGGCUGGAAGCAGGGAAAUCAUUACGAGUCAGUCAACGGGGGGUUGCAGCUUAAGAAUAUCUCUAGGCUGUAA